AUGGCGGAGACGGCCAAGCUGCAGCUGUUUGUUAAGGCCAGCGAGGAUGGCGAGAGCGUGGGACACUGCCCUUCUUGUCAGCGGCUCUUCAUGGUCCUGCUCCUCAAGGGCGUGCCCUUCACCCUCACCACCGUGGACACCCGCAGGUCCCCGGAUGUGCUUAAGGACUUCGCUCCCGGCUCGCAGCUGCCCAUCCUUCUCCACGACGGCGAGGCCAAAACGGACACACUGCAGAUCGAGGAGUUUCUGGAGGAGACGCUGGGGCCUCCCGAAUUCCCCAGCCUGGCGCCCCGCUACAGGGAGUCCGCCACGGCCGGGAACGACGUCUUUCACAGGUUCUCCGCCUUCAUCAAGAACCCGGUACCCACGCAGGACGACGCCCUGUACCAGCUGCUGCUGCGCGCGCUCACCCGGCUGGACCGCUACCUGCGCUUGCCGCUGGAGCACGAGCUGGUGCGGGAACCGCAGCUUCGAGAGUCGCGCCGCCGCUUCCUGGACGGCGACCAGCUCACGCUGGCUGACUGCGGGCUGCUGCCCAAGCUGCACAUCGUGGACACGGUGUGCGCGCACUUCCGCGGAGCGCCCAUACCCUCCGAGCUGCGCGGCGUCCGCCGCUACCUGGACAGCGCGCUGCAGGUGAAGGAGUUCAAGUACACGUGUCCACACAGCGCUGAGAUCCUAGCGGCCUACCGGACCGCCGUGCGCCCUCGCUAGACGCCGCCGCCGCCGCCCUCUAUCGCCAUGCCCUGCCCCUCUUCUACAGCCCUAUAAACGCAUCUCUGCCCCA